AUGACCCGUAAACUGGAUCAGAGUGACCCUGAAAUGGUGAAAAGUGUAACGGCUGACGGUGGCUGUGCAGCUCCGUUUCUAAGGUUGUUUGAUAAAUGCUACGGUCUGUUCGGCAUUGAGAUUGACGGCACUCCACGUCUAUCGUGGCACAAAGCUGAGAAAUACUGCAAUGAACAAGGAGGGACUCUGGCUGUUAUCGACUCAAGGGAGGUACAAUCUGUGAUAACUGCACUCUUGGUAAGGGCACCUUCGGCUAAUGUAUGGAUCGGACUGAACGACCUGGAUGUUGAAAAUACAUUCAAGUGGACGGAUGGGACCAACAUUAGCUUUAAAAACUGGGCACCAGACCAGCCAGAUAAUGGAUUCCCUGCUUUUGAAGAGGACUGUGUUUAUCUGGAAUCCAAUGAGGACUUUCCUGGGGAGUGGAACGAUGGAUUCUGUGACUACAACAGGGAGUAUAUCUGCCAGAUCCCAUUAGAUCCUACAAUACCUGACGUACCAACUCGGUAUUGUCAGAAUCACAGGGACUACACUCCCUAUCACCGUUCAUGCUUCAAAAUCUUCCCGGAUGCUAAGAACUUCAGCGAGGCAGUGAGUGUGUGCGAGGAGGAUGGGACAAUCAUAGCCUCCAUUGACGAUGCGUUCCAGGAAGCUUUUGUUGAGACCUUGCUCAUGAACGAUAAAGUAACUGAUGUCUGGCUCGGUCUGCAAACUAGAAGGACUCUUGACUAUUUGUCGUGGGUUGAUUCCCAUCCAGUAACAUACACCAACUGGGAUCUUGACUAUCCAAAGACUACGAUGGAGUGCGCUAUACUGAGUGAAAAUAACCUGAAAUGGAGAGACGAACGUUGUGAUGAAAGCCAUCCCGUGAUUUGUAAACAUUUCAUGGGCCAACCUCCCCCAGUUGUGGGAUUGCCACCAAGUUCAGAUUGCCCAGCUGGCAUGGAUCCUGGCGAUGAAUGGUAUUGCUUAAAAAUUGAACCAGAUGAAUCUGUCAGCUAUGAAGAUGCGAAGGCGGCAUGUGAGGCCAUCCAUUCAACUGCCUCGCUGGCCAGCGUGCAUAACAAGCACGAGUUAACGCAGAUUUCCCAGAGUGCAAAUACUACGAAUCCUCUAUGGAUUGGACUUCACAAGGCAAACCGUGGACAACUUGCUUGGGAGGAUGGCUCAGCUGUAGACUACGUAAGCUUCGCAGGUGGAGAACCUCAUGGGGAUGGUGAGGAUUGCAUACAAAUGCAGUCAAUCGCAGCGGGCAGUACAGACGCGGAGUGGUCUACAUUCCGGUGUAUUGAUGUAGGAGGCUAUGUGUGCAGGUCACCUAUAAUACUGAAGCCACCUUCUAAAGGUGGAUGCCUGGAUGGAUGGUACAACCUGGGUAAUAGAUGCUACAAGGCAGUGGGAAUCGAAGACAUUGAUAGACUUGAUUUUAAAGAUGCCCAAGACCAAUGUGCCAGGGAGAAAGGGGGGCAACUCUUCCAAAUCACUACCCAGUCUGCACAGUCUCUCCUUGCACUACUUCUCCAGGACUUUGUCGGAAAGACGAACCUAUGGAUUGGUUUGUCUGACACUGCGGAGGAAGGGUCAUUUGUCUGGACUGAUGGUACACCAUUGGACGACUUCACUCAGUGGGCUCCGAAUCAACCGGAUGGUUUUAUCGCACUCCCAAAUGAGCCGUUCCGAGACUGUGUGGAAGUGAAGGCAGAUCCUGAUCACCCUGGCGAAUGGGAUGAUGUCAACUGCCGAGAGCGUAGAGGAUACAUCUGUGAAGCUUUCUGGAGGCCCGAGUUGGAUCCGAAUCCAAUAAACCCAGACAAAUGCGACGCCGAGCACAGCGAUUACGUCAAGUACCGCAACAGCUGCUUCAAGAUCAUCCAGGAGAAAGUGACCUACGAUGACGCUCGGCAGAAGUGUCUGGAUGAGAAUGCCACGUUGGCCAAAGCAAGCGACGGAUUCUCUAACGCAUUGAUGACACUGAUGGUCACUGAGCUAACUCUAACCGAAAAAGUGUGGAUCAGUUUGGCAAAGGAUCUGAUAGACGAUAAGUAUACCUGGCGGCCUGGAAAUUAUGAUGGGGAGUGGCCACUCGAGUACGUCCAUUGGGGAAAAGGCAUGCCGGAUGGGAAGGGAUGUACACUGCUGAACCCAGAUUCCACUUGGUCCACUGUGGACUGUGAUACGACUGAAGUGUACUAUCCUAUGUGUGAAUAUACAGAGGAGAUACCUGAUGAGCCUCCUAUAGAGGAGGUUCAUUGUCCGGAGGGUUGGGUACUCAUUGAUAGGAUGUGCUACAUCUUCACUACAAUCACACCACAGUAUCCCAAAGUACACUUUACCUGGGAUGAGGCAGAGUACGAGUGCAGGACAAGAUACAGUCGAUCUACCCUACCAAGCUUACAUAGUCUAUCUGCCAGCCAGAAAUUCGCUGACAAUGCAUUCCGUCAACUGGGGAGACGAAACAUUUGGCUAGGAUUACACCGCUCUGUGAAUGGGUUCUAUGUGUGGGAUGACGGCUCCUUAGUAGACUACGUGAAUUGGGAUUUGAAUUCCAUAGAUGAGGCGAAUGAUUGUAUGGGCCUGCAACAAGACCUAGGUGGUGGAAAAUGGAGCAGUCGGGAUUGCUUCACGACAGGAGGCCUAGCCUGUCAAGCGCCUGCUCUUCCUGGUCGUCCAAAUCUGUGUCCAAGUCCAUGGCAAUCACCGGGAGGAGUCCUAUAUCCUAACUGCUACCUCAUGUCUGGCAUAUCAGAGAGUAGUUGGAUGAGUUGGCAUGAGGCAACCAGCUACUGCAACCAGAAGGGUGGCUACCUUACAUCCAUGAAUCCUCGCGAGGAGUACGUCUUCAUUUUAAAUAUGGUUAAAGGUUCUACCGAGUCACAUUGGAUUGGAUUGAACGAUAUCGAUGUCCCAGGAACCUGGGUAUGGCAAGAUGGUACUGCAUACAAUGGAGCUCCUUCACUAUGGAGUCGGGAUGAUAUUAGGAAUGAAUUCAAUAUGGAGGCUUGCGUAGUCGCUAAUUCAAAAGGAUUGUGGGAGGAUCAUAAUUGUGGUAUCCGCCGGCCAUUUAUCUGCAAGUGGGAUCCAACAGUGAAAGAUCCCAUCGUGCCCACCCAGACUCCGUACGAGGGAGGAUGUGAACCUGGUUCCUACAGGCUUAAAGAUCGGUGUUAUGAUCUAAGAUACGCCGACUAUGAGUACACUUGGAUGCAGGCACAUUCUCAGUGUAUCGCUAAUGGUGGUCACUUGGCAGCAAUCCAUGAUCAUGGAGUUCAAGCUCUCCUCAGUUCCGUCUUGAAAAACCUGCAAGGUAAUGUUUGGAUUGGUCUGAGUCGAUUCGGAGAGUUCCAGCAGUACUAUUGGUCUGAUGGGGCAACAUCGAGCUACACUAAUUGGGCAUUAGGUGAACCUAAUGGACCACAACAACAGGAAGGCGUCAAGAUAGACUAUUGUGCUGAAAUGGUCAACAAUCCGAACUAUGCUGGCAAGUGGAAUGAUGUGGAUUGUACCAAAAAGAAUGGAUUUGUUUGUCAGAAAGCCCUCGAUGAAUCCAUCACACCAGAAGACCUACCAUUCAAGCUAUGUCCAAGCAAUUCAGAGUACAUAGUCUACGAGGGUAACUGCUUCAAAGUCGCCCAGGUGGCCAGUACACACGGAACGGCAAGGGAUAAAUGCGAGGAGGACGGUGCCACGCUGGCGUCUGUUGCUGAUGGAUAUGAGCAGGCUUUCAUUGAGAUGCUUAUGGUGUAUUAUAACAUUGAGACGGCAUGGAUUGGAUUGACCAGAGGGGAAAAUGAUCAGUUUGAGUGGAUCGAUGACUGGCCUGUGGUGUACACUGGAUGGGGUGUUGGUUACCCAGCGAGCUCAAGCGAUGUAAACAGAUGUGUUAUUUCCAGCACACAGGGAUGGCGUAACGUCGGCUGCUAUGAUGCGUAUGGGGCAGUUUGUAAAAUAAAUCAAGCACCGAAGCCAAGUGCUCCCCAACCACCAUCGGGCCAUUGUCAGGCCGGCUGGUCGUUAAUAGGAGACACUUGCCUGUUCUUCGAUACCGAGGUGACAUCAGUUAGUUAUGUUGAGGGGAUGGCCUUCUGCAGGGCAAUGGGGCCUAAUGCCUUCCCCGCCAGUGUACAUGACUCUGUGUUUAACAAUAUUCUGAGGAGUAACGCACUCAAUCAACUCGGAGUAGAGAAUGUGUGGUUAGGUUUGGUCUAUCAGAAUGGUGAAUUCACUUGGGCUGAUGGUUCACCUGUGGAUUAUACAAACUGGGGCGGUGAUCAACCCUCCAUGCCCAUAACAGGAGAAAUCUGUGUACAGAUGGCCGCCGAGGGAUAUGGUGUUUGGAAGAACACAGAUUGCUUUGUGAAGGCUGGCUACAUUUGCCAGGCCCCUCGUGGAGAUAUACCGCCCUCAACAACAUCAACACCAACUCUAGGUUUCACUCACCCUCCAGAACCGGAACAGGCCUUUUCAACUGGAAAGAUUGUCGGUAUCGCAAUCGGGUCCGGUGUUGGAUUCGUUGUUUUAGUCUCCAUCUUCUGUUACUAUCGAGAGAAAAAAAGCAGCAGAGACAGGGAUGAACUGUUGUAAACAUGACAAAGAUUUCAAUUCUAUGGAAAUUUGAGCUUUUCAACCCACAACUCAUUAAUUGAUGUAAACAUUUUUAUCAAACAUACACUGCAAAAUCAUAAUUAUUGGUAGUCGCAUAGCCAUUUGUUGAUUGAUCAUACCAGGAAUGUAAUUGGCCACACAGAUAAACACAUUUUUGUCGAAAGAAAACAGACUUUUAAAGGCACUGGACACGAUUGGUAAUUAUGCUAAAUAAUUGUUGCCAUGAAAACGUACUUGGUAAUGAGCAACAGAGAGUUGAUAGUUUAAAACAACGGCUCCCUCUGAGAUAAUGUGGUUUUCGAAAUUUGGGAGCAACCAUUUCAAAUUCAAAUUAAUUUGAACUUUUAAAUGCUUUUUUUUUUUAAAUAUUAAAAUGGAUUUGUUCCUAAUUACAAUGGUUCCUUAAAACUAACUUUUAAAUUCCUCCACUUUAGAGUGCAGUUUCAAAUCCAGUAUAAUCAUAAACUAUGAACAAAUAUUGCCUGUUUAAAGAUUAGUCCUCUCACUUGAUGUAUCUCAACAUAUGCAUAAAGUAACAAACCUGUGAAAAUUUGAGCUCAAUUGGUCUUGUCAC